AUGAAGCCAUUACUUAAAAAACCUUCAAUAACCUCCAAAAGACAAGAGCCGAUCAAUUCAACCAUCGGACAACAACAAAAACAUUCGUCUAUUCCCUCCUAUGGCAGCACAUUUAAUGAAAAAUCUUUUAAUUCGACCACGAAAAAACGUAAUUUGGUGGAAACAGAAAAUACUACCUCAAUGAUCACAAAUAAUGUAAAUUUAACCAAUGAUCGAUCGCACUCCUCUUCAACACACAGUAACAAGAAUGUAAAUACGAAUCAACGUCAAAUCAAAAAGUUUCCAUCUUCCAAAACAUCACGACCCUCUUCAAGUUCGAAUUCUACAAUUGAUGAGAUGGCCAGGAGGGCUUUUCUGUCAUCGGAACAACAAUAUUACAAUGAAUUAUCAAAAAGGAAACAGCUGCCAACUUCUUCAUCAGCAGGCAACAAUAACUCUGUUGCAAGUAUAGAUAAUUUAUUUAAAAUGUCUAAUGAUGUCUUACAUGAAAAAGUUGAUAAACCUGAUGAAAAGGCAUUAUUGGCUGGUGCAACUGAUUUAGAGUCUGUCAUUAUUGUUUCAACAGAGGCUCAUAUUAAAACCACUCCAUCUCCAAUCUCAUUGGAUCCAAAUCAUUGUCACUUUUCGAUUCUGGAGCAACUACAACAAAAAAUUCCAAUGGUCAAGAAGCAUGUAGAUUUUGUCAAAAGUAAAAUCUUGGAAGAGGAAAGCCAGCCGAAAUCCAAGUUGAAACAACCCUCAAAAAAAACCAAACAAGCGAUUGCUAAUCAAAAAGCUUUUGAAAAAUCAUCAACAUCAAAAGAGUUUCCAAUUAUUUCCAAUACAAGAAUUGCACUUAGGAAAAUUACACGAAUUGAACCAAUCUCUUCGAAAAGAACAAGUGAUACCAAAAUGGGUCAUAUUGUCCUUCCUUACGAAUUGGUCAUUAACAUUUUUUCAUUUCUUCCUUGGAAAGAGCUCUAUACUGUGAUUAUGAGUGUCUGCAAAAAUUGGAAGGAAUUUGUGACGGAAUACGAGUAUUUCAUUGUAUGUGAGCACAGCCGUUUGAAUCUCUUCUCUGCAAACCAAGUAUUAAUUUGUUCGGGUUGUUAUAACGAAGUACCUGAAUCUUCUAAAAUAUGCUCUCACUGUUCCAACUCUAUAAGUGAUGAAAUCACUGAUGAAAUUUGUGUACACAAACUAUAUUACAAGAACAGAUUGCAAUCCAAAGUUGACAAAUGGAUGUUAAAUUAUUGGGAAAAGCACCGCGAACAAGUUGAUGAAAUGAAUUUGAAAGCGGCUAAUACAGUUUUGACAAUCACUUCUACCGCUAAUGACAAUAUCAAUGAAACACAUCCCACACACUUCGGCUCCUCAAUUCACACCCUUUCACAAACAUGCAAGGAAUAUAUCAUUUCUCAAAUUUUUCCAAAUACUUGGCACUUGACAGGCAAAGGUUUGACUAUACAAUUUGUAUCAAUGUUUAGAGAGCACUUAGCUUGUUUACAUUAUUUUCCUGCUAAAAUUGAAGCAAAUACUAGGUCUCUCGAAAGAGAAAAGAAGAAGAAAAAGUCAGAAAAAAAUAAGACAGUAAUAGUGGAACCUAUUGUCAAUUUCGUAUUUCCAAAACUGACACAAAUUUAUUGGAAUAAUUCAACCCUAUUAGAUAACAUGACAUUGGAUACUUCUAUGUCGUCCAAUUUUCACCAAUUAUUUGCAAAUGUGGAAAAAUUCAUUUCUGCUCAGUCAAUGUUUGUAGUAAUGGACAUUUCACGAAUAUUUGAAAGUAAUAUAAAUCGAUUGAGAGUUUUAGAUUUAGGUCAAUGUAAAUCCCUUCAAAACCAUCAACUUGAAACAAUAUCUAGAAUAUUAGGAGAACAUGCGAAGAAAUAUGAAUCUGACAUGUUGGAUGAAAGAAAAUGUUUGAGAAAGAUUAAUUUAUCUGGGUGUGGAAAUAUCAAUCAAAUUGGACUUUAUGCACUGGCAGAACAUUGUGGUCGUACACUCAAAUGCCUCCAUUUAAAUACAUAUCCUACCUGCAAAGAGAUUAUCUUGAAUCAAAUACCAGCAUCAUUUGAAGAAUUGGAGGAGCUCUCACUAGAGGGGAAUUAUUCGUUUCGUUCAUUUUCAAACCUUGUUAAUGCAUUGAUAAGAUGUAAAUUUGGAACCAAGCUGAAAAUUCUGAAUAUCAAAAGUACCUUCAUCAUGCCUUUCAAUAAUGAGUUGCUAAGGAAAGGAGUCACAUCAUCUUUCUCCUGUAGUAGUGCAAAUUCAAAUCAUGCUGUGUCUUCAGCAAUAAUAGAACUGAAACAUCAGUUGGUAAGAAUGCUCGACUGGAUGCUCCCCAAGCAGCUUGAAGCCAUCAAGAAUUGUGAUCUAAAAUUGGUAUUGACAGACUUUGGAGAAUUUUAUUACCAAAGGAAUCACAAGAGAAAUAGCUCAUCAAGAUUCGUGUGGCGAAACAGAGUUCAUCCAUUUGAAGCUGUCGCCAUGUCAAGAUCUGCGAGUGGAUGCUAUCUAGAACAAAUAUAA